GUGGAUGAUGGGGCAGGAGGCGGAGGAUGAAAGGUGGUUGUUUUUGGGGGGGAUGGGGAUGAGUUCUCGUCGCUGUCAUGAGCAGACGCUGCCGGCGCUGUCGCGGCUCUUCAACAGGCCGGUGGUGUGUAUCUGCAUGCCUACCUAUGGUAUGCCCUUCGACGUGCUGGCCAUGAUGCUCCAGCGGUGUUUCUCGAUGCCUAGCCAGGUCCGGAGGAACCUGUACUCUCAGAUGCGGAGCGCCUUGCUCGACGACUCGAUGAACCGCUGCGUCGUUCUCUGCCACAACGACAGCAGUGGCAUUGUGUCCCAGGCCGUGGCACAGCUGUGCGCCGACUUGCCUUCGGAGAAGCUGCGCAAGUUGGAAAUCUACACUUUCGGUGCUGCCGCUAGCGAGUUCGUGAUGCCGCUUGGAGACAUGGAGUCGGAGUCAGCGCACCAAAACGGAGACCACACGAACGAGAGCCAUGGCAUUCACCUUGAACACUUCGCCAUGGCAAACGAUCCGUUCGCCCAGAUGGGUGUGUUGCAAAGCGUCAAGCAAAACAUGGAGAGCCGGUUCUGUGGCAGCGUCUUCAUCAUGAACAACACGACCUCCACCAACCAAACGACCGACCGCAAAGGCAUGUCAACUUGCUCCGGCUUGACAAUGGAGGAGUACCUCAUGGCCCUGUUCCCGGCGCAAAUGACCCCUGAUAGCCCCGCCACGAUGCACAGCGUCCUCGACAGUGUCAUGACCAUCGACAAAGACUGCGCCGAGAAGCGCGAGAUCGCAGCCAUGAGCAACUACCACGCGGCGUCCCAGACCAAGAAGGGCGGGAAGCGGCUGAGCUGGACCGGCCUCGCAACCAUGGCCGGGCAGCGAAAUGGCAUGAAUGCUGGCAUGGUGGCGCUCGAGAUGGCGCGCAAGGGAUGCAAGAACUGUGACGGCCACAAGGGGCGCGAGAUCAGUUGGUUGGCGAGAUAUGUUGCCAUGGAGGGGAAGCAGGGGGCGGAUGGGGGCCGGUGAGAAAAACAAUCGGGGUGUUGUAGGACUUUUGUGGUAUUCAGACAACUCGGCCGUGGUGGGCUAGGUACCUAAGCUUCAUUCACUCGCUGGUGGUAAUCCUGUAGUGCGGUGAAGUACCUGUAUCCCGUAUUAGUACGUUACUUACCAGAGCCUUGAGACAAUUGAAGGGCUUUUUCCCCCUUCUCUCCGGAGUAAACGGCAAAGCCCGGUGGGGUUUUGUAGCUGGUUAGGUACCUACCUCGCUUCGGGGAGCUGGCGGGUAAGACUUUGCUUUCGCUUACACGUCCUCAACUUAC